AUGAUUCAAAACACUAUCCUCGACACAAUCGGAAACACUCCACUCUUAGAACUGCGCCAUAUCUGCCCUACAAAUGGGGCACGCAUUCUCUUGAAAGUGGAGAGCCAAAAUCCAACGGGAAGCAUGAAAGACCGCAUGGCCUUGGCGAUGAUCACAGCCGCCGAGUCCGACGGACGACUCAAGCCUGGCGGGGCAGUCGUCGAGUACACUGGCGGCAGCACUGGCGUAUCCCUUGCGUUUAUCUGCGCCGUGAAAAAUCACCCACUUCAUCUCGUUUCGUCUGACGCAUUCUCCAAAGAAAAGCUCGACCACAUGAGACUUCUAGGCGCCAACCUGACUAUCCUGCCUAGUGAGAAUGGCAAGCAAACGGAGAAACUCACAAAGGACAUGAUCGCCGAGGCGCAUCGCAUUGCGAGGGAGACUGGCGCAUAUAUCACGGCACAGAUGGAGAAUACCGAUCAGCUGCAAGCAUACACCACAUUUGCAGAUGAGAUUUGGGAACAGUCAGGCGGUUGUAUUGAUGGGUUUGUUCAGAGCGUAGGAUCCUCUGCGUCCUUUCGUGGAACUUCGGAGAGUUUGCGCCUGCGGAAUAAGGGUAUAACUUGUGUUGCUGUUGAGCCCGCGGAAUCUGCUGUACUUUCGGGGGGGCCUUCUGGCUCGCAUAAAAUUGACGGCACGGGAGCUGGCUAUAUUGUGCCGUUAUGGUAUGAUGGUGUGGCCGAUGAGAUUGACCAAGUUUCUACGGAUGAUGCGAGAGCAAUGGCUUUUCGAUUGGCGAGAGAGGAAGGCUUGUUUUGUGGUACUUCUACUGGGGCUAACGUCACGGCUGCGCUGCGCCUGGCAGAGCGCCUUGGACCACAUGCCACUGUUGUUACUAUCAUGUGUGAUACCGGUAUGAAGUACUUGAAGGCUUUCUCGCGGGAAAUUGAUGCGUGA